AUGAUCCCUCCUCCAUCUAUGGCGAACUAUAGUCAUGCAGGGGACCACACCAUCUUGCAGAAUGUCUCUCCUCUCGCCACGUUCCUCAAAUUGACCUCCCUGGGUUUCAUCAUCGGCGUCGGCGUGGUCGGAAACCUCCUGAUCUCCAUCCUGCUGGUCAAAGACAAGAGCCUGCACCGGGCACCCUACUAUUUCCUGCUGGACCUGUGCGCCUCCGACAUCCUGCGCUCCGCCAUCUGCUUCCCCUUCGUCUUCACUUCGGUCAAGAAUGGGUCGACCUGGACGUACGGCACGCUGACUUGCAAAGUGAUCGCCUUCCUGGGUGUCCUCUCCUGUUUCCACACGGCGUUCAUGCUGUUUUGCGUCAGCGUCACCCGCUACCUGGCCAUCGCUCAUCACCGUUUCUACACCAAGAGGCUGACCUUCUGGACCUGCCUCGCCGUCAUCUGCAUGGUGUGGACGUUGUCGGUGGCUAUGGCGUUCCCGCCAGUGCUAGAUGUAGGGACGUACUCGUUUAUCCGGGAGGAGGACCAGUGCACAUUCCAGCACCGCUCCUUCAGGGCGAACGAUUCGCUGGGCUUCAUGCUCCUGCUGGCCCUCAUCCUCCUGGCCACACAGCUGGUUUACCUCAAGCUCAUCUUUUUCGUCCACGACCGCCGAAAGAUGAAGCCUGUCCAGUUCGUGCCUGCCGUCAGCCAGAACUGGACCUUCCACGGGCCGGGGGCCAGCGGGCAGGCGGCGGCAAACUGGCUGGCUGGAUUUGGCCGAGGCCCCACCCCGCCUACUUUGCUGGGCAUCCGGCAGAACAGCAACGCAGCGGGCCGCAGGCGUCUGCUGGUGCUGGAUGAGUUCAAAACGGAGAAGAGGAUUAGUAGGAUGUUCUACAUCAUGACGUUUUUCUUCCUGGCUCUGUGGGGGCCCUAUCUGGUCGCCUGCUACUGGCGGGUGUUUGCACGGGGCCCCGUGGUCCCUGGGGGCUACCUGACGGCAGCCGUGUGGAUGAGCUUUGCCCAGGCGGGGGUCAACCCUUUCAUCUGCAUCUUCUCCAACAGGGAGCUCCGGCGCUGCUUCAGCACCACACUCCUCUACUGCAGAAAAUCCAGGUUACCAAGGGAACCCUACUGCGUUAUAUGA